AUGGCAGGUGGACCAAGUGAUGGGUCGACAUAUUCAAAGAAAACAGCAUUUGUUUAUAUUUUCAAUCUUAUUGUAGGUGUAGGUGCACUUGCAUUACCUUAUGGAUUUUCAAAAGCAGGUUUAGUUUUAGGUUUACUUUUUUUAGCAGCAAUUGGUUUUCUAGCAUUUAUAACAGCAACAUGGCUUAUUGAAGGUUUAUCAAUUGCAAAUUUUAUUUUAGUAAAUAAAAAAGAAGAAAGAAUAAUUGGUGAUGAUGAUAAUGAAAAUUAUCAAAAACCACCAACUGAAAAUGAUUCAUUAAUUAAUAGUGAAUAUUCAGAUAAUAAAAUAUUACAAUCAAAUGCAGAGGAUAGAAAUUUAUUAGAACCAAGUGGUGGUAGUAGUAGUAGUGAUAAUGAACAAUUUGAAAUAAAGAAAAGGGUGGAAGUUGGUGAAAUGAGUAAAAUGUUUUUAGGUAAUAUUGGUUAUAAAGUAUUCUAUGGUGUAUUGAUUAUUUAUCUAUUUGGUGAUUUAUCAAUUUAUGCAGCAACAGUUCCAACAACAUUAGCAAAUGUUACAGGUGGUUGGGGUAAAUUUACAGAUCACACUGUCUACUAUUUCUAUUUAUUCCUAUUCGCUUGUUUCGUUGGUCCUUUCUCUUUAUUUAAUUUUCAAAAAACAAAAUAUCUUCAAUUUGCUACCUUGAUCACUCGUAAUGUUGCUUUCUUACUUAUGAUCAUCCUUUCAAUUAUUUUUAUUGCUCAAGGUAAUGGUGCUUCAAUUAAACAAGUUCCAAUAUUUGAAAUUUCGGAACUUGCAUCAAUAUUUGGUGUUAGUAUUUAUAGUUUUAUGACACACCAUUCUAUUCCAGGAUUUUUAACACCAAUUUCAAAAAAAGAUCGUUUAUUUACAUUGAUGGGAUUAGACUUUAUAUUGGUUUUCAUUGCAUAUGGUACAUUAUGUGUUGUAUCAUUAUUUGCUUUUGGUGCUGUAACAAAUCCAACCUGUGCAACUGCUUCAACUUCAAUUCAUACUUUUAUUCCUUGUCAAAUUCAAUCACUUUAUAUUUAUAAUUUUACUUCAUAUAAUAGUAAAUUUGUUAGUGAUUUCUUAUCUUUAUUCCCAGUAUUUACAUUAUCAACGAAUUAUAUUUUAAUUUCAAUUACUUUACGUAAUAAUCUUUUACAAUUAAUUACAUGGAAACAGGAUAAGAUAAGUUCAAAAGUUAGAAAUGUUGUAUUUUCAUUAACAAGUUCAUUGAUUCCAGUUGGUGUUGCAUUUUGUACUAGAAAUGUAUCAUUAUUAGUAAAUAUAACUGGCUCAUACGCUGGUUUAGGUAUUAUGUUUGUAAUGCCAGCUUUAAUCUCAUUUUAUUCAAACAAAAUCUUAAUUGAACAAUAUCAUAUUUCAAAUCCAAAGAAAUCUCCAUUCUCAAACAAAUUCUUUUAUUUACUUAUCUUAUUGAUAAGUGUAAUUUGUUUAAUUUUAGCAACUUGGAAAAUUAUUAUUACUUAUAAAUAA